AUGACAAGUGGUAGUAGUAGUGGUCGAGGUAGCUGUUUCCACUUGAAACACUCGAUGGAAGGCUUUCCUGUGCCAAUCCGAUCGGUACCCACCGAGGUCAGACGUCCAUCAACCGACCCAGACCUGUGGAUGCCCAACGACUACGUCACGCUUUCCACACUCAAGCACUACGAUGUUAGUCGCGGCCACCAGUUCAUUUGCACGUCGUUUACAAACUUUCUGCAAAUCAAAGACGCCCUCGUAGCUGCGCAUCCAAACAUCUAUGCAACCAAUCCAAACGCACCAAACAAGGUACAGCUUCGACCACUGUUUUCACUGUCAACCCCAUCAUAUAACCCAAGUGUCGUCACCAAUACCGAUCCUACAACGACCUCUUAUCGAUUCUAUUCGGCCGACCGUCUAUCAGCAAUUUGGUCACAACCUCAAUUAUCAUCUUUAUCAAUUACUACUCCUAUGUUAAAUACGUUGUAUAAUCAAAAGGGAGUUGUUGAAACGUGGUUGCCUUUGGGAUUGACAAGGUCAAUAUUGCCAACAAAAUCGAUUCAAUUCUCGUCAGAGAUGGAUGCUGGUAGUAUUGCAUUUACCGAUCAGUCACCGCUGCCAGAGACUGGUUACUUUUGUGUCGGUGACAAUUCAGCCGAUGGUAAUGUUCGUGGUACUGUUGUUUGUGUUGUCAAUGCUCCAAAGACGGUUCAUGCCUACAUGGCCAUGUCCACAUUUAAAUACAUCACAUCCACUUGUACGUCCAAUGCCUGUGCCAGCCAAGUUACAACCGUCCAAAAUCGUAUCAGUUUCAACGGUCCCAUCAUGGUCGAAACCAGUCGUCAAGCAUCAAACCCAUCGUUUCCAUCACACUUGGUAUCGUACUAUCGAGCAUUGGUUGACAACAGCUUGCCAAAUACCUAUGUCUCUGUUCAACCAACAGCGAUGCUUGCAUUGGGAUGCGAUCAAGAAUGUCUUGCAGCACUUGGCGAAGGUCCUUCUGAAUUCACAAGUGAUCACGAUGCCUAUAUCACAUUUGCCCAGAAUCGAGCUCAAACAGUACUGUUGAAAUUAAAGAAUGCCGGAUCAUCAUCGGAGCUCCGAAUCAUAUCCCUCCAAACACAAGACGCCAUCACUAUCCCACUCCACCUCUACAAGGGUGUGUAUUUCCCAGAACCAUCGUCGGACGGGUCGGUUGUGCAGGACAAUCUCGUAUUGAUCUAUCGUUCGUUACAAAAGAUGAUUGACCUUAUCCCACAACUAUUGACAAGUAUCGAGAUUGAUUUGGUUGACAACACUCCAGAGUGGAUUGUUACGUUUGACGAGACAUCCAAGAUUGCUACAAUCAAUGGAAUCACCAAUACACCUAUUGAUAUUGCUAAUCUGUGUAUGGAUAGUGUAUUUAGGGCAUUCUCAAAUGUUUUAAUUUCAAAAUUAAACAACAACCAAUUCAUAUCGAUCGAUCAAACGCUGGCGACCAAUCUAUUUCCACCCGGCACCACCACUAUGCAAUCUGUUUCACCUUCUGCAUGGACAGCUCUGUACCGUGGUCUGGUCAACGUUGUCUCGAUGCGUGUACGUGAGCUUACCUUUGGUCAUCAGCUUACCGUUGCACAACGACAAUCUCUCGAUAGUUGUCAACUAUCGACACCCAUAAUCAACAUGGAAUAUUAUGUCAACGACAACGUUCUCGACGAUGCAUCGUUCAACGAAGGGUGGGUAACUGCCUACCUGUUGGAUCUCGUCGACGAAUCAAACGAUAACUCUGGUGAACUCGGUGACACUAAUCGUGGUUCUGCCGUCCCAUUGUCUAGUAUUCUCAAGACUGUAUCUACCUGUACAGUGACGGGUGUGGAAUAUGGUGUGAUUGAUUUUACAGUUGAUCUUGUCGCUACACUCACCCAUCAAUCAUUGUACGUAGAAGCACAAAAGAUACCAAGCAUCAUGUUGUUCAAUCGUAUCUAUGAGGCUUGCUCACCGCCUGUCGCCAACCCACCAAACAUGCCAGCGUCGCCAACCCUUGUAGAGUAUCUUUUUGCCAAAGGUGUACAUGAUGACGAUCUCUCUGUCAUCCCUAUCGCCUCACUCUCUGACACACUGUCAGUUUGGGCAUCGGAUGAAUCCAACAGUCUCUUGUCGAAUCGUGCUCUACAAUUCCUAUUCUCACAGUCGUACAAGGAUAUGAUCCAAACCGACACCAAUCUUCGUCAACAACUUCGUAUGUACGAUCCAACACUCUGCCAAUUCGGUAGCCAAAACACACCAAUCACUCCACUCGGUAUCGAGUUGAUCACAAAGUAUCUGGUCUACAAACAAGAUGCUGCAACCGACACCAAUGCAUAUGGUGGUACUGUAGACAGCCCAUUACUAUCGAUUAGUCAUCUCCAAGGUGUAUCUGUCACAUCAUAUCAAGGUCGUAUCUGUUCAUUCGUCACUGGUAGUCAAUUACUCAUGUCUGAGUGUCCAUCAGGUCCAAUCGUAUUGGAAAUCAUCCCUCCAAGCAGUUCACCAACCCGAUCCACUCAAAAUCAAAUUCAAGUGCGUGGAAAGAAACUGAAUGAAGGAGGAUUAUUGAUUCAUGUAGGAAGUGACACGUGUCAAAUACAAUCUGUUGUUACUCAAUCCAAUGGGGAGGAGUUGCUAAGUUGCUUCGCAGGUACGGGUAUUGGUAAGCAUGUUAUCAGCUACACCAGUACAUUAGCUACUCUUCCAAUUAUAAGAUUACCAUCAACCGUUUAUCAACAACUUAUUUAUGAUGCACCAACGAUUCAACUUGCAACACCCAACACUGGCCUAUUAACGGUAGGACAACAAAUAACCAUACAAGGUACCAAUAUGCUCUCACCAACAUCCACUCGAGAUGAUAUCCAAGUAUUCCUCAACAAAAUACCCGUACCUGUCAAUACUAUCGAAUUCACCGAUGGCAAAGAUUCGAUCAAAGUCACAGUAAAUGGUGUUGGAUUGGUCAAUCAACUCUAUGUCAUUGUUGGAUCACAAAUUAGUAAUACAGUCAAUCUUGCAUUCCUCCCACCAACCAUCUCGUCGAUUACGCCACUCGAUGACAUUCCAACAGACUUUCUCAACUUUCCAUCAAUCAUUACGAUUGUAGGACAACACUUUGGCUCAUCACCCAACCAAGUGUUAGCAUAUAUUGGAUCACAGGAAUGCUCAACUACUUCUUUGAUCAGUGACACCCAAAUCGAAUGUGUAGCUCCUGAUAACUAUGGAAAGGAUUAUGCUGUCAGUGUUACAGUCGGUGGACAAUCAGCAGAAUCAUCACAAACAGUCGACUAUGCCUCUCCAGUUGUCCUCCAAAUCCUCACCAAUUCGAGUACCAGUCCAACUGCCAUGACCGAAUUUAUUUGGAUUGUUGGUAUAGACAUGGGAUUGGCACUUCAACAGGUACCAUACGUCAUGUACAAGAGUCCCACCGAUGACCAAUACAUUCGUGAGAUGGAUUGUCUCGAUGCUGGACAAUUUUGUAAUGACGAUCCAUUUAUGGAUGUAGAUUAUUCAGAGUUGAGCGGUCCCGCCAAUCCCGAUUUCGAUCCCGACACACCUGGUGGUGUUAAAGGAACAGCGACUUUUGAUCCAACCUACUGGGUUCGAGAUACAGCAGAGUCGCACAAGAAUCACGAGUGUCUCAUCUGCUAUAUUGGUUCUGGUGUUGGCAAAGGAUGGACAAUCUCGUCUGUCAUCUUUGGAGGUAUUGAAAACCAAGGUGAAAUCCCAAACAAUAUCAUCAACUAUACGCCACCAUCAAUCACCGAGAUUAUCGUCCAAAAAGAUGGUGAUGAUGGUGGUAGCCAAGAAGAAGGUGAAUCCAAUACAAAACCAACACAAGGUGGCGCUCACCUCACAAUCAAAGGUCUCAACUUCCCACCAAACGAAUUGCAACCAGAAGCUCCAGAGGAGCCAAUCAAAUUCCAAGGUCUACCAACCUAUAGCAAUUCAUCGAUUGGUUGGCAUUUAGUAAACAACCUAGAAUGGUUCAACUCGACGAUGAUUGAAUGUGACACACCUGCUGGUUUUGGUUUGGAUAUCAAAGUAUAUCUGUUUGUCGGUGGUCAGGAAUCUAUCACCGAGAUGAAGUAUUCUUACGAUGCUCCAACUCUUGACGAACCGCCACAAGAUCAAAUGUAUCAUGGACCGGCCAAAGGUGGCGAUUUGAUCACCAUUGCUGGAAAGAACUUUGUCCCACAAGUCUAUGCACAACAAAUCAACGACAAGUACGAGGAACAAGAUAAAAGCAAUUUGACAGUCUCUAUCAAUGCUGUUGAUUGUUCCAAGAUCAAAUGGAUCGAUCAUACCAAGGUUGAAUGUACCACACCAAAGGGCACAGGAAAAGAUUAUAAAAUCAAUGUUAUUGUUGGUACUCAACAAGUCGAAAAAGAUAAUACUUAUUUUUCUUAUGACAAACCAAAGAUUGAUGAAAUUAAUCCAAAGAAAGGAAGAUUGGAUAAAGAUACAUUAAUCAAUAUUCAAGGAAUCAAUUUUGGUGAAAAAGUUGAAAAUGUUAAAGUUGAUUUGAAGGAUAAAACUACGGCUACAACCGAGGAAUGUGUUAUUGAAUCGUGUCAAGAUGAUUUGAUCAAAUGUCGAGUACCAACAUCUGACAAGGUGAAAACCAUUCAAGUCAAAGUAACAGUUGGUGAACAAGAUCAUGAACAAACAUCGGAACAAGAAAACAUCGAAUACAACUAUUAUGCCAAACCACAAAUCAAUUCUAUCUGUGUCAAGAAUGGACAAGAACAAUGCUCAUCUUCAUCAUCGUCAUCACUCCAAGGUGAGAUCAAGGGUGAUCAAGACAUUGUACUCUUUGGUGAGAACUUUGUAGAGGAUGACUCCGAGUUGGUUGCCAUGUUUGAUGGACAAGAAACGAGAAUCACUGGUAUGACAUCAAACACCAAGAUGACAAUUAAAUCAUUGGAUGGUGGUGGAAGUGCCAAGAGAAAGAUCAAGGUCAUUCUCAAGAAUCAACAACUUGGCGAUGCCGAGAGUAAUGAAAACCAACAAUUCUCUUUCAAACCUCCAAAAGUAGAUUCUGUCAGCCCUGCCUCUGGGAAGAAAAAGGAAAGCAAUGACGUUACAAUUGGAGGUAGCAAUCUGGGUUUGUCAAACAAGGGACAAGUCAGUGUUUCCGUUGGAGGUGUUCCAUGCGGCCAAGCAACUGUUGUUUCAGACACUAAAGUUACAUGCAGCAUACCACCAUCAGAGACUAGCGGUUACAAAAGAGUCACAGUCACCUAUGAAGAUCAAACAAGUAAUAAUGACAAGACAUUCAAACAUGAGGAUGAUGAAAGCAGUGAAGAGAGUAGCGAUAAUAGUAAUAGUAAUGGUGAAGAGACAUCUUCAAACACUUCUGGAGUUACCUCUGUCGUUACUGUUGGAGCUACUGUUGGAGCUACUGUUGGUGCCACAGCUGGUGCCACAGCUGGAGCUACCGUUGGAGCUACCGUUGGAGCUACCGUUGGUGCCACCGUCGGAGCCACCGUUGGAGCUACUGUUGGCGCCACAGCUGAGGCUACCGUUGGAGCCACCGUCGGAGCCACCGUUGGAGCUACAGCUGAAGCUACCGUUGGAGCUACUGUUGGAGCUACCGUUGGUGCCACAGCUGAAGCUACUGUUGGAGCUACUGUUGGAGCCACCGUUGGAGCGACAGCUGAAGCUACUGUUGGAGCGACUGUUGGAGCUACUGUUGGAGCUACUGUUGGAGCCACCGUUGGAGCUACUGUUGGAGCCACCGUUGGAGCGACAGCUGAAGCUACUGUUGGAGUUACCGUUGGAGUUACCGUUGGAGUUACCGUUGGAGCUACCGUUGGGGCUACCAUUGGAGCUACAACUGGUGGAUCCUCACCUACCACCACCUAUGUACCAACCACAACAACAGGCACAACAGGAGUUGUUAAGCCACCCGUUAAAGUUACUGGAUACGUAUUCAACGAUGUCAACUCUGAUGGUGUAUACGAUAGUGCAACUGAUAUUGUCAUGUCUGGUGUAACAGUCCAAUUGAGCGGUCCUCAAUCACCACCACAAAAACAAACCGAUGCAAACGGAUUCUUUUCGUUUGGUCCACUCCCCGCGGAUGAAAGAGAUUACAUACUAUACAUCAGUCCCACCCCCUCCGGUUAUUCGGCUCCAACAAACAGUUUCACCAUUAAAUUAAUUAAUAAUGUUGAGAAGAACCUCCCACUGGUCGUUUCAAACCAACAAACAACUGGAGACUCUUCUGGAGCAAUCACAUCUGGUGAUAGUAGUACCACUGGUGGUAGUGUUUCAUCGUCGGUCUCUGGAACAGUCUAUAUUGAUAGAAACUUUAAUAAUGUAUUCAACACACCCGAUGAACUUGGUUAUGGCCAAGGUUUGGUCGUGAAGUUGAAUGGUGCUCAAGGUUCAUUCCAAGUACAAACCGAUGUCAAUGGUUUCUUUAGAUUCACCGAUUUAAUUGCCGAUGGCCAAGCAUACACACUUGAUCUCGAAGCUGCUCCAGCUGGAUACACAUCACGAAUCACCAAUUUUGUUCUGACUGGUGACAAGCAAAGAAAUAUUGCAUUGACCCAAUUGGUUGUCGUCUCUGGUGUCGUCUUUAACGACGUCGAUGUGAAUGGUGUCUACUCGUUGCCAAAUGAUAUUGGAUUGGCCAACAUUCAAGUAUUCUUGGAAGGUCCGCAAGGUCCAUUCACCGUCCAAACAGAUGCAUCUGGUGGCUAUACAUUUGGUGAAAUUGCAGGUGACAAUCAAAACUAUAUUGUCCGUGUCGAUGCCCCACCCGUCGGACUUUGGAUUACAUCCCUUAGUUAUGUCAUCAAGUUGAAUGUACCCGUCAUUCAACAAAACUUUGCAGCCGAUACAUUAAUUGGUGUCACUGGUUACAUCUAUAACGAUGUCAACUUUGACAAUCAAUACAACCAACAAUAUGAUGUCGGAUUUGGAAAUAUCUCUGUCACAUUAAAGAAUCCAAUCACUGGAGCUCCACUUUAUGUCGUUCAAACCAAACCCGAUGGAUCCUAUUCAUUUGACUCGUUGGUUGCCAACAAUAUCGAAUACCCACUCGUUGCCGACACUCCACCUGGCUACGCUCUCGUACAGGAUAGUGUCAUGGUCAAACUGACCAGCAUCAAUGGUAUCACAAUUCACCAAAACUUUGCUGCAAGAAAGCUGGUACUCGUAUCUGGUUAUGUUUUCAAUGAUAUCGAUCAAGAUGGCAUAUUUGAUGAUCAGUCUGAAUUUGGUAUUGGAGGUUUAAAUAUUAAAUUGGGAGGUCCACAAGGUUCAUUUAUCGUUCAAACCCAAGCCGAUGGCUCCUAUUCGUUUGACCACCUUCCAGCCGACAAUCAAGUAUACACACUUCGUGUAAACUCACCACCACCCAAUUACGAAUUCCAACAAGGUAUCAACAUUAUCCUCUCACCGUCGACUGUGGAUAUCCAUCAAAAUAUCAAAGCAAGAAAAUUGUUGAAAAUCUCUGGAACUGUCUUUGUUGACAGUGACGGUGGUCAAUUGACAACCCCAAUUGGCAAUGUUAAAGUUUAUUUGUCUGGACCCCAAGGAAUCCAUCGUGACAUCCUCACCGACACUGGUGGUCAAUACAGUUUUAAUGGACUGUAUGGAAACAAUCAACAAGAUUAUACCAUUUACAUUGACGCUCCAACUGACCAUUAUGACGCUACACCGAUUCACACUAUCAAGUUGACCAAUGACAACCGACAAGAAAACAUAAACAUCAAGAAAUAUGUUUCUCUAUCUGGUUAUGUCUUUGGUGACAAUGAUUUUGACAAUCUCUACCAUCCAGAAGCGAUGGUUGACAUUCCAUUUGCAGGUGUAAGCAUCAGUCUUGUUCACCCAACCACUGGCCAAAUCAUGUACUCUACUCAAACCAACGCUGAUGGUGACUAUCAAUUUGAAAAAGUCAUCAAGGAUGGAGAUUAUCAUUUGACCGUUGGUACUCUUCCUCGAACGGAUUACACAGUCAUACCAUCCAAUGUUUUUAACAUAUCAUUCCAGCAAUUAGAUAUUCAUAAAGACAUUGUAACACGAAAACUGAUAACACUAUCUGGUUUUAUCUUUAAUGACAAGAAUCAUGACAACCUUUACAAUAAUGGUCAAGAUGAAAUUGCAAGAGGACAAGGAAUUUCAGUUUCCCUCGUAAGAUCAAGUGCUGGGCCAAUUCAAAUUGUCCAAACAGAUAACAAUGGUUUCUAUUCGUUCGUAUCAUUGGCUAGUGAUGGUCAGCUUGCCAAGCUUUCCAUUGAUCCUUACACCGAAGGUCUUGGAUUCUACGCACCAAUUCAAGAGUUUGGUCAUACACUUGGUCUCGCCAAUAUCCAACAAAACAUUGCAACCAACACCAACUCUGAAAAAGGUUGUUAUGGGUCAAUAACUAGAGGUGUUACAGUAGUUAAAAAAUUAUAUUUGGACUAUGGUAUCUUUGAUAUAUCAAAAUAUGGAUGGACAGCAACAGAUGAAAUAGAAAGUACAUUUGAUUUCCCAUAUUAUUGUUCCAUUGCUAAAACCGAACCCAACUCUGCCACCUAUGAAAUUCGUUACAAUUACGAUCUGGAUAUUGAAUUGUUUACAGAUUCAAAUUCAAAUGGUAUUAAAGAUGUCAAUGAUCAACAUGUUGUCACCUACCAACAAUAUUCAUUGGAAAUUAAAUCAACACUUGGUCCAUCCAAUACGCUAUUUAUGCAACUCUUUACAAAUCUGAUGACUGGUAAUAGUAUUAAAGUUAAUGUUCCUUCAAACUCUAUCAUUACCGUCAUUCCAAUUAUCCAACAAGAACAAGCUGGAUCAACAUCCUCUCAAUCACCAACCUAUUAUGAAAUCAUACCUCCAUUUAUCAAUAAUAAGAUUGUUAAUCUUGUUUAUCCACCAACCGACCCAUUACGUAUUGUCAAGAUUGGACUAUUCCCAGUGAUCAUCGGAAAACCAGUUGUAAUCACCUCUCAAGAUGGUCAACUAUUCAAUCUACCAUACGGACAAUUCAACAGAGCCUAUUUCAACAAUAUUGGUCUUGACACUUCACUCCCAUUCGUCGUUACAAUUGAUGAAUCGAUUCAUUCACUCCAUGUUGGUUUAAUCGAUGAUACUCUCUUGACCAUCACCACUGUCGCAGGAUUAGCAUUGAUAAAUACCUUGGAAAAUCAACAAAAGAUUGCAUUUAUCGAAGUAUUUAAUCCAAACAUGUUGAUACUCAAUACAGCGGGUGGAGGAAGGAUAACUCUUCAAACAACCUACUAUCCUCAACAACAACUAUUUUUGGAUGGUGUUGCAAUCUCUUGUGAUACCUAUGGUCAAAAUGAAGAAUCGGUCGUCGCAUGCUACACUCCAAAGAUGUUUGGAUCAUUAACUGAAAAAUCACUCACGAUGAAUUGGAACGGCUUAUCAUUGGUAGCAACUGGUUCAGUAUCUUACCAAUUAGAUCCUCUUCCAACGCCAUUUAAAUAUUAUGCAAUUGGUAGAAUUUAUUAUGACGUUGAUACCAACAACCUUUACCAAGAUAAUAGCAAUGACCGUGUCAUCCAAGAUAAUACUCUUCAAAUAUCACUCACCUUUAUCCCAGAAGUUGACUUAUCCUCCUCAUCCUCUUCAUCACCACCUGUGCCAACAACAACAAUUGUUUCUACACACAAUGGAUAUUAUAUCCUAUCAAGUGAUGAAUUGGGAAGCUAUACAAUUAGUAUAAAUUCAAUGGGUGAUGCCUCUACUAUCAUCCCACUCAAUGAUUUUGAAGUUACAUUUGUCGACCCAUUAGAACAAUUAAUCAAUUUGGACAUUUCUGUCAUGGAAAAAACACAAAGUGGUUGUAUUGGUAGUAUCACUCACAACCAAGUUGGCCAAAUAGUAAAUCUUCAAUACGGUAGAUAUCCAUUGAUCAAUUAUGGUGUCGAUAUCUUGGAUCCAUUGGUUACCUUUAACUUGCCAUCCUAUUGUCAAUCCGUUCAAGACCCUCUUGAUACCGAUUAUACAUUGAUAAAGUAUAAAACGCAAUUACAAAUCAAAACAUUUAUCGAUGCCAAUGUGAAUGGUCUGAUGGAUCCUGAAGAGGAAGAAAUUUUGUAUUUGGGACCUAGCUCAUAUCAAAUAAUAGUGACAAGUACUCUACCAGAUGGAACGACUCCAUUAACCAAAGUAUAUUAUGAAAUGUACUCGCUCAUGACAUUUGACAUUGCAACAACAAGUACCAUCUGGAUCAAUGGUGCAACUGCAAAGAUGACAAUUUCAAUGCCAUUUUCAACAAUACAAGUGGUCGACCCAACCCAAGUCUCUGUUAUUACCAUUCCCAUUCCAAUGUGCUCGACUGAAGCUCUAUCAUUGCAUCGCACCGAUAGUAUGAACCGCGAUCCACCAUAUGACACUAUUAAACUUGGUCAUGGUAGAUUCACACCAUCUUACUUUGACAAUCUAGUCUGGCCUGGUGUUGAUAAAUUGGGAAUGUUUUCUUUCCGAACCUCUCCUUAUCUCACGGUUAUGCUCCUCAACCCAACAACCAACCAAGUCAUUCAAACCUUUGGAUACGAUCCGUCAGAUCCAUUCAAAACGUACUCUUUUGUAAAUGACCCACAGGUUGUUGUUCAAAUCAUCGAUCCAACAAUAUGGCCAACAUCAAUGGCAAGCCUUGGAAGUGUCUUUGGAAUCACGAAUCGUUACCAACUCUAUACCAACCCACCCGUCAGAUAUGUAUUGGAUCAAGUUGAAUUGACAUGUACCGAUGGCGAACAACAAUUCGUACAAUGUACCAUUCCACCAUAUAUUGCAUCGACACCUUUUGAAAAAUCAAUCCAAGUAAUGUCUGGUGAUGUUGUCCUCGCAUCGUACACCUCUACCUACAAUAUGGAAUUGACGUUACAAUUUUAUGAUGACAAUCAAAUAACUGGAAUCAUUCCAUCAGCAUUGCCAUCGUACCAAUUUCCAACAACAUUUACCGUUCAAAUUAAAUAUGGUGAUACAGAUGUUGUCAUUCAUGAACACAUUGAAUCGAUUUUAGUACGUCCUGAUACUGAUUUCACUGUAUCAGUAUCUUCAUUCGAUAAUCCUCUUGUCCAUUUGGUAAACAACAAUCUACCAAUACCAAGAACCUCUGUUCCUUUGACGAUUGGAUUAGGUGUAUUCUCUGUGUCCAAUAUUAAAUAUUCACCAACAAGAUUCUGGGGUGUACAACCACAACAAGGCAAAGAAUUAUCACUCCCAAUUGGUAUUUAUGAUCAAGAUAAAUUAGAAUCAAUUGGAUGGAAUGAAAAGAUUGGAUCUGCCAAGGUUCAAGGUCAAUCAAUCACGCUCUAUGCAGAGUUUGAAACAAGAGAAGCGGUAUCAAUCAACCUCGCUAAUGGAGCCACCAACCUGGUUCCUGAUCUAGGCCAAGACACUGUCACAUCUCUACAAAUUAUUCCAACAGAUUUGUUUGAUUGGUCAAUUGAAUCACCAGUUCCAAAAGGUGGUAAAUUAUCACAACUCAUUCCACAUCCAUUCACCAGAGAAUCAGAUUUAAUCACAAUCAAAGAUUCGACAACUUUGAUAGAUUUUGUAUGUACAAGUAUUCAAAUUGGUUUAAUUUCAUGUGAUAUCCCUUCAUCGACACUUGAUCGAAUUCCUAUUACCAUUGUGUUGAAUAAUAUCAAUAUUCAUUAUCAAUAUUAUAUUAAUACAAUUUAA